AUGACUAUUUGCCAGCUUCCUCAAGCAUGGGGUUAUAUCACGUGGAGAUUUGCCAGACCAUUGAUGCCCGAGAAGCGCAAGUUUGAUGACGAAAUCGAUGUUUCUUCAGACCUGUCGGCUGCUGUUUCUGGACCAGCUGCUACGAUUGCAAAGGAACCUAAGCUUGUUGAGGAUGUCAAUACUCAACUGCUUGAUGAAUUCAUUACCACCGGUGAAGGUGAUUCAGACAAAGGCGGAACCAUUACCGGUCAGAAUUACCGCCAGCCUGCUGUUUCCGACGCUGAAGAAUCAGAUAUCGGAAUGUCAGAAUUUUCGGAGAUUAUGUUUGAUGAUGAAGAUGAUGGACUCGAAGAUGAGCACUCAUACGAAGAUGAAGAUGAUUGUGAAGAUUCCGAUUCAGAACCACAUGAAUACGCAGUCGAGGAGCGCCAGAUUAUUGUACAGAAGGAUGGUACGGAUAAGGUAGUCAGGUUGAGACUUUUUAUGACUAAGGAAGAAGAGUUCGAGAAUUGGCUUCAGACGAUCCAUGUCGCUUGCACCAUCGACGGCCAAAGAAUUGGUUAUGCCUUCGGCCGAUACAUUCAUCAAGAAAAGAUUCGAGAACAUUUUUGGAGCGAGAUGGAGGCUCCAUGCAGUGAUAUGAGUUAA